UCGCCCCCGCCGCACCACUUCCGGCAGGCGCCGAGCUGCUGGGGGGCGCGGGCGAGCAUGGCGGCGGCGGAGAACCAGGCCAGCCAGGAGAGCGCCCUGGGCGCCUACUCGCCGGUGGACUACAUGAGCAUCACCAGCUUCCCGCGGCUGCCGGAGGACGAGCCGGCGCCUGCGGCGGCCCCUCUCAGGGGCCGCAAGGACGAGGACGCCUUCCUGGGAGACCCCGAGACCGACCCCGACUCGUUCCUGAAGUCUGCGCGGCUGCAGCGGCUGCCCUCGUCGUCGUCGGAGAUGGGCAGUCAGGACGGGUCACCGCUGCGGGAGACGCGCAAGGACCCCUUCUCGGCCGCCGCGUCCGAGUGCUCCUGCCGGCAGGACGGGCUCACGGUCAUCGUCACGGCCUGUCUCACCUUCGCCACGGGCGUCACGGUGGCGCUCGUCAUGCAGAUCUACUUUGGGGACCCCCAGAUCUUCCACCAGGGCGCGGUAGUGACAGACGCCGCCCAGUGCUCGGCGCUGGGCAUUGAGGUGCUCAGGAAACAGGGAUCUUCCGUGGACGCGGCUGUGGCUGCAGCUCUGUGCCUGGGGAUCGUGGCCCCACACAGUUCUGGCCUGGGCGGGGGAGGUGUGAUGCUGGUACAUGACAUCCGACGCAACGAGAGCCAUCUGAUCAAUUUCCGGGAGUCUGCACCAGGGGCCCUCAGGGAGGAGGCCUUGCAAAGAUCCUGGGAGACCAAGCCCGGGCUCUUGGUGGGGGUCCCUGGAAUGGUGAAGGGACUACAUGAAGCACACCAGCUCUAUGGCAGGCUGCCAUGGUCCCAAGUCCUGUCCUUCGCAGCAGCAGUGGCCCAAGACGGCUUCAACGUGACCCAUGAACUAGCUCGGGCCCUGGCCGAGCAGCCCCCGCCCAACAUGUCCGAGCGCUUCCGGGAGACGUUCCUGCCCGCCGGCCGCCCGCCGCUCCCCGGGGCCGUGCUGCAGCGGCCCGACCUGGCGGCCGUGCUGGAGGUGCUGGGCACCCUGGGGCCCGCGGCCUUCUACAAUGGAGGCAACCUCACGCUCGAAAUGGUGGCAGAGGCCCAGCACGCAGGGGGUGUCAUAACUGAAGAGGAUUUCAGCAACUAUAGCGCCCUUGUGGAGAAGCCUGUGGGUGGCAUAUACAGAGGCCACCUGGUUCUCAGCUCUCCACCUCCUCACACGGGCCCUGCCCUCAUCAGUGCUCUCAACAUCCUCGAGGGUUUCAACCUCACUAACCUGGUGGCCCGGGAGCAGGCCCUACACUGGGUGGCAGAGACCCUAAAGAUAGCGUUAGCUCUGGCCAGCAGACUGGGAGAUCCGAGCUAUGACUCUACCAUCACCGAGAGUAUGGAUGACAUGCUCAGCAAGGUGGAGGCUGCCUACCUCCGCGGCCACAUCAAUGACUCCCAGGCAGCCCCGACCCCGCUUCUGCCCGUCUAUGAACUGGACGGGGCGCCCACGGCUGCCCAGGUGCUCAUCAUGGGUCCUGAUGACUUCAUUGUGGCCAUGGUCAGCUCCCUGAACCGGCCCUUUGGCAGCGGCCUUAUCACUCCCUCUGGAAUCCUGCUCAACAGUCAGAUGCUGGAUUUCUCUUGGCCCAACAGAACUGCGAACCACUCAGCACCCAGCCUGGAGAACUCGGUGCAGCCGGGGAAGAGGCCUCUAUCCUUCCUGCUCCCCACUGUGGUCCGGCCGGCAGAGGGGCUCUGUGGGACCUACCUCGCCCUCGGGGCCAAUGGAGCUGCGCGGGGCCUCAGUGGCCUGACCCAGGUUCUGCUGAACGUCCUGACCUUGAACCGGAACCUGAGUGACAGCCUGGCCCGUGGCCGCCUGCACCCGGACCUGCAGUCCAACCUUCUGCAGGUGGACAGUGAGUUCACAGAGGAAGAAAUUGAGUUCCUGGAAGCAAGGGGUCAUCACGUGGAGAAGGUAGAUGUCUUAUCCUGGGUCCACGGCAGCCGGAGAACCAACAACUUCAUCAUUGGGGUGAAGGACCCGCGGAGCCCGGAUGCAGCAGGAGCCACCAUCCUGUAGAGCAGCGUGGCGGGGCGGGGUCUUUAGUCCCCCCCUUUGCAUGUUCCUAGAGUCCCUCCUUCUCCCAGGUCUGGUCUCAGGGGGACCCCAGGAAUGCCCCAAAUCAGGGGCCAGAGGGGAUGCUUAGCAAACCCUGUCCCAGAGUAACUGGAAAAUUCUCCCCCCAGAGAGAGGCCUGCAGUGGUGGUGGCUGGUGGUGGUGGCGAGGGUCAGUCACAAGCAGGCAGGCAGGACCUCGAGGGACCAGACGGUCUGUUCGUCUGUCUCCUCUCCCUCAGCCAUGCUGGCCCUGAGCUUAGGGAUGUGCUUGCAAACCCGCCUCGAGGAUCCUCACAACCCCGCCAAGCUGGCCUGGCCUGGCCUUGUCUUCCAGCCCCACUCGCGUGUCCCCAGCCUCAUUUCUUAAAAGAUGAGGAUUUUUUAAAUGCACCAUCCUGGGGAGGUGUGCUCCUCUCCUCUUCCCUCCAGGUGGAGGCAGAGGCCUUGCAUCCGGGGUCCCCAGGGUG